CUUCUGUCUCCAAUCCAACUUGGUCAAGGAAUUUCACAAAUCAACCCUAAUCUUUAAAAUCAUGGAAGACAUACAAAUGGAGACAUCAAAGUCAUUGCCUAUGUUGACGGAUCCAUUAGCCGUGACCUCACAAACAGAAUCGAUAUCGGGAAACGAAACUAUUCGGAGCAGUCUAGGGGUUUCUAUCGCGAACGACUUUAGCAUUUAUCGCGAUAUUCUAGAGGCUCACCACGAUAGAAGGGAGCGAAUCAUUAAAGUAUCAAGAGAUAUCACCAACGUUAGCAAGAAAAUGAUCUUUGCUCUUCACCGUGCAGAGCCCAAAGACUUCCUUUCUCAAGACUCAAGCACAUCUGAGGCAUUAAUGGAGUUUAAGGAAAAGCAUGCUACAGUAUUGAAGCUUUUCCACCGGGCUGCUGUUGAUCUUCAAGGUUCCAAUUAUUAUCGCUAUCAACGAAGCAUUUCUGGCGCUAUGCAGGAAUAUAUCGAGGCUAUGACACUACAGUACUAUAUGGUCCAUGGAAAGCUAAUCCCAAAGGAAACUCUUGAAGCGGAUCUUGUUUUCAUGACUAGCCAAGAACAGCUAAAUAAUCUUGAUUCAAUCAUUACUAUCGGUCAAACAGGACUGCCUGGUAGCGGCGGCAGUGGUGGGGGACAGCGAGGAAAAUUCAUCAAAGAUAAUCGAAAAGUAUCAUACAACAGAGAUGACAAAAAGCUAGGAAAGAAGAUAGCUCCAGCAUCAGAAUCACUGACAACAACGACCCCUGCUGCGUCAACCAACCCCAUAUCAGCACCGCCUGUGCCGAUCAACAUAGAUGAGCCUGCUAAUAGAGCAACGAUAGCACCACCAUCAACAACUACAACGAUGCAAAUGGAUGAUCCAUUAGUAGUAAUACCGGUAGUACUAGAGACCAAGUUGAUCAGACAUACAUUAGAGAUCACAGAUGAGGACUACCUCCUUGGUAUUGCAGACCUAACAGGUGAGCUAAUGCGCCUUGCUAUCAACACAUUGGGUCAAUCUUUAAUGACACCAGCUACUCAGGACACGAAUAUUGCUACAGGAGCUUCAUAUUCCUUAUCAACGCCAGAGAAACGUGUCCAGCAUAUCUUGUCGUUUUUGCGGGAUAUCAAGAGUGGCUUUGAUGGCCUGUCUCUCACAAAAAUGUCACCUAUCUCGAAAAAAAUGGGGACAUUAAAGCAGUCUCUUAACAAGAUUGAAAUGGCGUGCUAUAAUGUCAAAGUGCGCGGCGCUGAGUACCCUCCAGAGAUCUUGAGACAGAUGCUCAUGAGUGGGGGUGCUAGUGGGCAGGACGUUGGGGGCGUGGAAGCUGGAAAUGGUGAGGAGGAACAGUAGCUUAAAACAAAAGACAAAUAUUGAUUUUAUUAUACUAUUGACAGAUUUUGGGAAAUAUAAUGUCAAUUAUGGUAAAGCCUAUCUGUCAGCAUUCUCCAUCUCUAUCCAUCCGCUUUCUUUUUUUGUUU